AUGAGCAUUUUUUUGGAACCUGAGAAGCCACAUGCAGUGUGCCUUCCAUUUCCAGCACAGGGUCACAUAAACCCGAUGCUCAAACUAGCCAUACUUCUUCACCACAGAGGUUUUUACAUAACCUUCGUCAACACCGAAUACAACCACCGCCGCCUACAAAAAUCUGGAGCUGCUGGCAGUAACUCGCCGGACUUCCACUUCGAGACAAUCCCUGAUGGUCUCCCGCAGGCAGAUUCUGAUACAACCCAACACAUCCCAUCUCUCUGUCUUUCCCUUAAAGAAAACGGUUUAGCGCCAUUUCGCCAACUUCUGGUGAAGCUUAAUUCUUCAACUGAGGGCAUCCCGCCUGUGACCUGUAUAGUAUCCGAUGCUAUAUUGUCAUUUGCCGUUGUGGCUGCUGACGAAAUUGGUGUUCCAUGUGUGUGUUUCCGUACAACAAAUGCUUGCUGCUUCUUGUGCAAUAAAUACUUGCGGAAACUGAUUGAGAAAGGAAUCAUACCUCUCAAAGAUUCAUCUUACUUAACAAAUGGAUGCUUGGACACUACUGUAGACUGUAUUCCCAGCCUGAACAACAUAAGACUCAGGGACUUCCCAGCAGUUAUUCGGACAACGGAUAUAAAUGAUCCAAUGCUAAAUUUCUCAAUGGAAGAGACUGAAAGAGUCUCAAAAGCAUCUGCCAUCAUUUUCAAUACCUUUGAUGCAUUGGAGGCUGAGGUUCUGAAUGCUCUCUCGCCACUGUGUCCUCCUGUUUACUUCAUUGGUCCCCUUCACUUGCUUGUCAAUCGACUUCAAGAAAACAGUCUGAAAUUCAUGGGAGGUAACCUUUGGAAAGAAGAACUAGGGUGUAUUGAGUGGCUUAACUCCAAGAAACCAAACUCAGUGGUGUACGUGAAUUUCGGCAGCGUAACAGUCUUGACACCGCAACAACUCAUUGAAUUCGCUUGGGGACUAGCAAAUAGUAGGAAAAACUUCUUUUGGAUAAUCAGGUCAGACACCGUAGUUGGCGAUUCUGCCAAUUUGCCAUCUGAGUUUGUCGAAGAAACUAAAGACAGAGGCCUCAUUGCGCGUUGGUGCCCACAAGAACAGGUGCUCAGCCACCCAUCCAUCGGAGUUUUCCUAACGCAUAGUGGCUGGAACUCUACAAUCGAAAGCAUGUGUAGUGGUGUGCCCAUGAUGUGUUGGCCCUUCUUUGCUGAUCAGUUUGUUAAUUGUAGGUUUGCAUGCACAGAAUGGGGUGUUGGCAUGGAAAUUGAUAACAAUGUCAAUAGAGUUGAAGUGGAGAAGAUUGUGAGAGAAAUGAUUGGUGGAGAAAAGGGAAAGAGUUUGAAGAAUAAAGCAAUCGACUGGAAGAAAAAGGCAAAAGAGGCCACUGAAAUCGACGGUUCAUCUUACUUGAACUUCAAUAACUUAGUGAAAAAUGUACUGCUUGCCAAGAAGACCGGUUAG